AUGUCUUCAAGGCGUCCAAUUUAUCUAAACCCCGCCGCCGCCGAGGAGCGAUGCGAUUACCCAUUGUCCACCGGUGCUACUGAAUUCCACAAGUCACUGCCCAAAUAUGCACCAACCCCACUGGUAUCAUUGCCAGAAAUUGCAACUGAGCUAGGUGUCAAAGCGGUUUUUGUGAAAGACGAGAGCAACCGAUUUGGUCUACCUUCAUUCAAGGUUCUGGGUGCAUCAUGGGGCACAUUCCGAGCCCUUUCUCAAAGCCUUGGAUUCGACUCGGACAAGAUUACUUUGGAAGAACUUUCGUUAAAGGCUAAAGCAAGCUCGAUAUACCUGGUUACUGCGUCCGAAGGCAAUCAUGGACGAGCAGUUGCGUAUAUGGCUAGGCUACUCGGUAUUCAAGCUGAGAUAUUUGUCCCCCGGUCCAUGAGCGAGGGAACACGUAAUCGCAUUGCGUCGGAGGGCGCAAAGGUCUCUGUUGUCCAAGGAACAUACGAUGAGGCAGUAAUUCAUGCCUCAAACAAAGCCUGUGACGGACAGGUGCUGUUGAUCCAGGAUACUGCUUUUGAGGGAUACGAAGACGUCCCCGCUUGGAUUGUGGAGGGGUAUUCUACCCUGCUGAACGAGACCGAAGAGCAGCUGUCCCAGCUUGGUCUGUCAGCCAACAUGAUGGUCACACCUGUUGGGGUUGGUAGUCUUGCUCAUGCUGUAGCAAGACAUUGCAAAUCAAAGCACAUGGCCAUGGUUACCGUUGAACCUGACUCGGCUCCGUGUUUGUCUUCCAGUCUCCGUGCUGGGCAUUCAGUUGCCGUCCAAACAUCCGCUACUAUUAUGGACGGUAUGAAUUGUGGCACCGUCUCGACUACAGCUUGGCCAGAUUUGCAGCGUUCUGUUGAUGCCUGCGUGACUGUUUCGUCGUACGAGAGCCACUGCGCAGUUCAGUAUCUGACUUCGAACUCGGUACCCGCUGGCCCAUGUGGUGCCGCGUCCCUGGCUGCACUGCGGCGUCUUGCGCGAGAAGAAUCCUCGUUGUUGACCAAAGACUCCGUGGUGGUUCUUCUCAGCACAGAAGGUGCACGCCCCUACCCCAUUCCUAAGGAUGUGUCUGUAGAAGAUGCUGUGGGCCUGACGCAAGCGCUCACUCAAAUCGACUCUUCCAACCCUACUUUAUCUGUGAGUGGCGGAGCAGGUGAAAGCGAGAUCGCUGACUAUUUGUCGGCAUGGUUUGCACAUCGCGAUAUUGAGUACCACCGUAUUGAGCCCGUUGCAGGCCGACCCUCUGUUGUUGGUGUACUUCGAGGAAGCGGAGGAGGAAAGUCGCUCAUGUUCAACGGACACGUGGACACAGUCAGUAACUCAAGCUAUGAGCAAGGCGUGGAUCCCCUAUCAGGCGCCAUGGGGAUUAAAAAUGGAGAACCAGCCAUUUUUGGACGAGGAUGUCUGGAUAUGAAGGGUGGUUUGGCAGCCGCGCUUGCGGCGCUAGCAGCGAUCAAAGCCAAAGGUCACCAUCAAAUGCCUCGAGGAGAUAUCAUUGUGGCUGCUGUAUCAGAUGAGGAAGACGCUUCCCAGGGAACCCAGGACCUAAUUGCUGCUGGUUGGCGGGCUGAUGCUGCAGUCAUCCCUGAGCCAACCAUGGAAGAGAUUAUCACUGCGCACAAAGGAUUCGUAUGGGUUGAAGUUGAUAUCUUGGGUGUUGCUGCACAUGGCUCGAACCCUGUGGCAGGGCAAGAUUCUAUCAUGCAUGCUGGAUGGUUCCUCCAGGCUCUUGAGGAAUAUCAAAUCCAUCUGCCGGAGGAUGAUCUUCUAGGCAAGGCAUCUCUGCAUUGUGGUCUGAUUCGAGGAGGAGAGGAACCAUCUUCUUAUCCCGGCAAAUGUACAAUCACAGUUGAAUUCCGCACAAUUCCUGCGCAAUCCGAAGCAUCUAUUCUGGAGGAUGUUCGUGGACUUCUUCGCAAGGUUUCAGAAGGAAAGCCCCAAUUUCAAUACAAUGAGCCUCGCAUCACAAUGUCGCGUCCGACAACAAAACUUUCACGGGAUCACCUCUUGGUGCAGAUGGCAGUCACCUGUGCUACUUCGAUAUUUGGAAGAACCCCUUCGGUUGGAACUGUCCCAUUCUGGUGCGAUGCAGCUUUGCUGGCUGAAGUCGGUAUUCCAUCGAUUGUGUUUGGUCCCGCUGGCGAGGGUCUCCAUAGUAAAGAGGAAUGGGUGCAGGUGAAGAGUUUGGCUCAGAUGGAAGAGAUAUUCAUCAACUUGGCUCGGGACUUCUGUUCCUAG